AUGGCGCUCACCCUCCCAAAAACCGAGGAUCGCCGCAAAUCCCGCCUGCAUGAAUUCCUUAUGGAAGACAUCCGCGAGGAUUUACUCCUUGAAUGCGAACUCCUCAUUCUCUCCUUCGCAACCGGAAUACAAGAUGCAGCCGCCUGGCCUGACUACUCCUGCUUCGCCUCCAACCAAACAGGCAACACACUAUUCCUCGCGAUCGGCGUCGCAGGCUUGACCCGAAACGCAUACAGCUUCCCCAAUAUCGGUGUCAGUCUGAGUCUCUUUGUGGCGGGUGGCUUUAUCAUGGGCCAGCUCGGGAACUAUAUCGGUGUGCGGCGACGGCUCUGGUUGUUGAUUAGCAAUCUCAUUCAGACGCUGUUUGUUUUCUGCGCGUUGAUCGUUCAGCACCAAUGGCCUGUCAAGCGGGAUGGACCUGCUGCAAUGGCUGUGAUUGCGUUGUUGGCCUUUUCCUCUGGUGCGCAGGUCGCUAUGAGUCGUUCGUUGAAAAUUACGGAAAUCACGACUGCUAUGGCGACUGCUGCCUUUAUAGAUCUGGUCGUGGACCCAAAUUUAGGCAAGCUGAAGAACCGGCUGCGAAAUCGGCGGGUUAUGUUUAUCAUCAUGUUGGUCGCGGGUUGUUUUGUUGGCGCUUUUGCCCAGCGCGAGAUUAACUCGAAGUUUCCCCUUUUACUGUGCGCUCUCGGGAAAGCUCUUGUGAGCAUGGCGAUGUUGUUCAACCGGCCCAUUGAGCCACGAAGGUCACCUUCCAGUUCGACUGAAAACUUGAAGGUAUGA